CAAGAGUUUGAAGCUAAGACGUACAGGGCUUUGAGUUUCUGAACAUUUUCUGCUCUUUUAGUGGAGAAUUAAAACAACUUGGGAAAUACUGUUUAUGAUCCUCUUAUAUCUACACGGUUUAGAAGAGGUUUCACGUGAGGGACGCUGUAAAUCAUCGAUAGCCAGCUACGAAACAUUAGAUAUAUUCCCGACAUAUCAGACGGUCGACGUUUUCAUGACGUUCUUGUUGGUUUAGCAACGUAAGCGGAAUUUCGUAUCUCGGAAUAAAGCUCRAAUAAAUCCGUUGUACUAGAAAAACUGGCCUCCAAACAACGUAAAGCAAGCAUCAAAAAACCAUGUGUUAUGCAGAGACAUGAUAAUAAUCGAUGGACAGCGAAUCACUAAGCUGGGAAGAACAUUAGUGUACAUCUAUGGCAUAUCGUUAGAGUCAAUUUUAUCCCACUCGUAUGAAAACCAUUCAUGGUCCUUUCGCAGCCGUAACAAAGUUCAGUUCAUCUGAUUUCAAGUGUUUUCAGCUUUGAUUGCUAGUUAGUCCCGUCGACCGUCGCGGAGAGGCAAAUCAGAAGAUCUUCCUUACAUCUGGAGAGAACAACUUAAAGAAUUAACAGGUUCUGUAAUGUACUGACACAAAUGGGCAAGAACGUGGAAUAUGCGACAAGGCGCUAGAAUGAUGUACAGUGUGUCCAAAAAGAUCACAGACUCGGGAGUACAUGUUUGGUGAAGAACAAAUGAGUCUGUCGGAAGAAGAUGGAAAUUUGGAUCUGUUCAAUGCUGUCAAGAAUAACAACGAAAGUGCGAUCCGUGGCUCACUCGACGCUGGAGCAGAUGUAAAUAUCACUGAUGAAUCCUGGAAGAGAACUCCUAUGUUUUAUGCUGUUCUUGGUAACUUUGAAAAUGUGGUUCAUGUACUGAUCAAGGCUGGUGCAAAUGUUAAUAUUAAAGACAGAGAAGAAAACAGCUGUUUAUUCUUUGCAGUUUUAUGUGACCACUCAAAUAUAGCCCGCGCACUAAUUGAUGCUAAAGCUGAUGUUAAUGCAAUCGAUAAAUUUCAGAAAAGAACUCCUAUAUUCUACGCGGUUAGUAACGGUAAUGGAGAACUAGUAGAUGCGUUAAUAGAUGCUAGUACUGAUGUCAACAAGACUGAUAGUGAUGGCCAAACAGCUUUGUUUUGCGCAUUAAGAAGUAAAAAUGACAAUAUCGUACGGGCGAUAAUUGAUGCUGGUGCUGAUGUCAAUAAGACUGAUAGUGAUGGCCAAACAGCUUUGUUUUAUGCAUUAAGAAGUAAAAAUGACAAUAUCGUACGGGCGAUAAUUGAUGGUCGUGCUGAUGUCAAUAAGACUGAUAGUGAUGGCCAAACAGCUUUGUUUUGCGCAUUAAGAAGUAGAAAUGACAAUAUUGUACGGGCUAUAAUUGAUGCUGGUGCUGAUGUCAACAAGACAGAUAUUGUUUACCAAACUGCUUUAUUUAGUGCAGUCGAAAACGACAAUGAAAGUAUUGUACGGGUGUUAAUUGAUGCUGGUGCUGAUGUCAACAAGACGGAUGUCGUUUACCAAACUGCUUUGUUUAGUGCAGUGAGACAGGACAAUGAAAGUAUUGUACAGGCGUUAAUUGAUGCUGGUGUUGAUUCCAACAAGACUGAUAAGUAUGGCAAAACUGCUUUGUUUAUUGCAGUUGACAAACACAAUGAAAGUAUUGUGCAGGCGUUAAUUGAUGCUGGUGCAGUUGUCAACAAGACUGAUAAGUAUGGCAACACUGCUUUCUUUAUUGCAGUCCUACAUGACAAUAAAAGUAUUGUGCAGGCGUUAAUUGAUGCUGGUGCUGAUGUCAACGAGACUCAUAGAGAUUUAAAUGAAACUUCUUUCUUUGAUGCACACCUAUUUGGCAAUAAUUACGAGAGCGCUUAUCAUGAUGGCGAAACUGCUUUGUUUGGUGCAGUCAGAGAGGGCAAUGAAAGUAUUGUACGGACGUUAAUUGAUGCUGGUGCUGAUGUCAACAAGACUGAUAAGUAUGGCAAAACUGCUUUGUUUGGUGCAGUUGGAAAGGACAAUAAAAGUAUUGUACAGGCGUUAAUUGAUGCUGGUGCUGAUGUCAACGAGACUGAUAAGUAUGGCAACACUGCUUUSUUUAUUGCAGUCCUAAAUGACAAUAAAAAUAUUGUGCAGGCGUUAAUUGAUGCUGGUGCUGAUGUCAAGACUGAUAAGUAUGGCAAAACUGCUUUGUUUAUUGCAGUUGACAAACAAAAUGAAAGUAUUGUGCGGGCGUUAAUUGAUGGUGGUGCUGAUGUCAACAAGACUGAUAAUGAUGGCCAAACCGCUUUGUUUAUUGCAGUUGACAAACAAAAUGAAAGUAUUGUGCGGGCGUUAAUUGAUGCUGGUGUUGAUGUCAACAAGACUGAUAAGUAUGGCGAAACUGCUUGGAUCAGUGCAGGCAGUGAAAACAAUGUAAGUCUUAUACCGACGUUAAUUGAUGCUGGUGCUGAUGUCAAGACUGAUAGUGAUGGCCCAUUUGCUUUGUAUUGUGCAAUCCUAAAUAACAAUGAAAGUAUUGUGCGGGUGUUAAUUGAUGCUGGUGUUGUUCUCAACAACAUUGUUAAUGAUGGCGAAACUGCUUUGUUUAGUGCAGUUGAAAACGGAAAGGAAAGUAUUGCACAGGCGUUAAUUGAAGCUGGUGCUGAUGUCAACAAGACUAAUUAUUAUGGCAAAACUGCUAUGUUUAGUGCAAUCGAAUACGAAAACGAAAGUAUUGUGCAGGCGUUAAUUGAAGCUGGUGCUGAUGUCAACAAGACUGAUGAUGAUGGCAAAACUGCUAUGUUUAGUGCAAUCGAAUACGAAAAUGAAAGUAUUGUGCAGGCGUUAAUUGAUGCUGGUGUUGAUGUCAACAAGACUGAUAAGUAUGGCAAUACUGCUUUGUUUAAUGCAGUCGAAAACAACAAUGAAAGUAUUGUGCGGGCGUUAAUUGAUGCUGGUGUUGAUGUCAACAAGACUGAUAAGUAUAGCAAAACUGCUUUGUUUUGCGUAUCACUUUUUUUUAACUUUUCUUCAGGCGAUUCCAUUGAUUUAUUGAUUGACGCAGGUUCUGAUGUCAACCUACCUGACAACAAAGGCGAAACUCCGUUGUUUAGUUUGGUCAGAUCUCAGUUGGACAUUCAUGUAAAAACUUUGGUGGAGAAAGGUAAAGCCUUGACAAAUGUGAGAAAUCAGUAUGGCAGAACGCCCUUAUUUUAUGCUCUGCAGCGUUCACCAGUGGUUGCCCUUUACCUUCUCUACAAUGGUGGAAAUCUCUAUUUGAAAGACAAUUGCAAUUUAAGCAUUUUAUCAUUUUUUAUCGAAGAGAUGUUGCACGAUGAAAUUCGUUUUGAUCGUUCUGGUCGUUUUGAUCUGACUGAACAAUUGAACCUGCUUUGUAGAAGAGGUGUUACGGAAAAACUUGUAGUAAAAUCACUAAUAGAAGUACUAUUUUGCAAAAUUGUGCUUAUGUGUACGCCUUUGGGUGAAGUAAGAACUUCCUAUUCAUAUUUUAUGCACAAAGGAUGUCUUUCUGAGUUCUUGUCGAUGGCUGAUUAUCAAACUAAAAUGACCAUAGAAAACAUUUUGGAACAAGUCUCAAGUGAGCAACUGUCACAGGUAGUUCCUUCAUUUGUGAAUUUAGGUGCUGACCCAAACAGUGUAGAUUCACAUGGCAACACUUUACUUCACUAUGUAACUCUCCUGCCAUUUGUCGAUGUAUCUCAAAAGGAAGUCGUGGAAACAUGUCACCUACUAUGGAAGUAUGGAGCAUCAAUGAACAUCAAAAACCACCAAGGUCAAACGCCUCUGUUAUUUUGCUUGUCAGAGCUUAGUUUGCAUUGGGAAUGGUUACUUAGAACUGAUGGAGUAAAGAUGCUGGUAGAGGUCUGUAGACUUUUGCUAAACUGUGGAACGAAUGUCAACGAUACAUUACCAAACGGGGAGUCCGUUUUCCAUUUGUUAAUUGAUUUGUUCCAAAAAGGUCUUCGAUUGCAAGAUGAAGCUGUGAGACAGGAAUUACUAAAAGAAAUGUUUAAUCUGCUGCAACUGUUUUCAGAUGCAAAUUGUAAACAAGCUGAAAGCUUUAAAAAUAGCAGUGGCCAUCUUUACUUGCUACUUCAUUCAUGGGCAUCGCUCACUUUACCAUAUUCAGAAAACUAUUCGCGUAAAGUUACCCAUAACUACACAUUUGAAGAACUUUUAAAAGCCAUUUUACAGCUUCUCCUGAAAUGUGGGGCAAAGCAGAAUGCUAGAGAUGAUGAUGAAAGAACCCCUCUGCAUCACUGCAAGACGUGGAGCGCUGUAAAGCUUUUGAUAGAUGCUGGAGCAAARACAGAUGAUGUCGAUUCUUCAGGACACCCAACCCUAUUAGCUGCAGCGGGAAGACAGACUUUUCUUGAGAGAUCCGACCGUUUUUAUCCAGACGUUUUAGAAGACCCAAAAGCAUUCUGGAGAACUGCUAUCGAAAUGAACCUUGAUCCUUGGACUGUUGAUCAACAUGAGAACUCUGUUCUAAGUAACAUGAUAGAAUGCAAAGCCUUUGUUCUUGUCAAAGCUUUAAUUGAAGUCACUUGUGAGGACAAACACAUUGAAUCUCAUACAAUUGCUUAUUCACUUUUAAGCACUAUUUGCAACGACCAGUCGACACACGCACGUUGGAAAACUAAUCUAGUCGAAAUUAUUUUGAAUUCAAGGAAAACACUGCUAGUGAACUUAGAUGUGCCACUUCGCUUUUGCUGCAAGAAUAUAAUAGAACUUGGUAGCUCAGAUGACAGUUCACAUGACAGUUUACAUCCAUCUAAAGGAUUAAAAAGAAAAUUCGCCGAUAAUGAGUUCGAAAAGCAUGGCAGCACGCAACCUAUGCUUAAGAAAAUAAAAACUACGGAUGGGCGAUGUAGUGAAGAGAAAACAGAUGGGCAAUGUAGUGAAGAGGAAACAGAUGGGCAAUGUAGUGAAGAGAAAACAGAGAAUGCAAAAAACAGCGACGAUCUAGUACAUUACGAUUCAGUCCACUGCGAGAUUGCUCAACUGCUUCUUUCAUAUGGAGCUGAUUGUCGAAUUUCUGAUUCAACUGGCAAGUCAUGCCUUGACUUAGCGGAGACCUGUCCUGAACUCAAGCAUAUCUUAAUGCAACCCAUAGAUAUGAAUAAAAUUUCUAAACGCAUUCCUUGGGAUUCUGUUUCAGAGAGGUACAAAAACAUGUUGGCCAAAGUUUCAAGAGGACAAGAAAAACAGAUAGUCGGCUCAUUUUGGUAUCACAAAGACUACAUUGGAAGUGGCUCGUAUGGACAUGUUUUCACAGGGAUUAAUGAGAAUGAUGGUAGGGAAGUGGCCAUCAAACGAAUUGAAAAGUUGCGCAUGGUACGACCAGAAGACCAGCGUGAAAUAACAAACCUUGCUAACCUUGCCGACUGCAAACAAGUCGUUAGUCAUGUGUGUUUCUUAGAAGACAUACACUUUUCAUACAUAGUAUUGGAGCUGAUGGAGGGAGAUCUCGAACACUACUUCAGCGAACGCACAGUUGACAAAAGAAAAAGUGUCUUACUUUGCAAAGAUAUAGUUGAGGGACUAAGAUAUUUACAUGAACGAAAAAUAAUCCAUCGUGACCUCAAGCCUGGAAACAUCUUAUAUAAAACACAUCCUACUCUCUGCUUAAAAAUUGCUGACUUUGGUCUAAGCCGCUAUUGCCGCGUUAACAACACCUCUACUACACUGUACGGCCGUACGAUUGUUGGAACCAGAUGUUGGAUUGCUCCAGAAAUUCUAACGUCCCAAUCGGCUGGCGAAAAUUUUACGAAGAAUUCCGACACUUUUUCCUGUGGACUUCUAUUGCAUUACAUCUUGUCGGAACAAAGGCAUCCGUUUUCUCCUGCGCCUUCAUCAAAUCCGCACUUCAUAGAAGAUAACAUAAUAAAGGAUAAAAUGGAAGGAUAGGAUGCCCAUAUCUCUCCUGAAGCAACAGACC